AUGGUGGAGAGUAUAUCGGACAGUAUCAGGAUUGCAGGUGCGGAAAGGGCAUCUACUCCUUUCCCAAUAAAGAUGUCUAUAUGGGAUGCUGGAAGUAAGAUAAGUUCUCAGCUGAUGGCCUCUACAUCUACACCUCUGGCGAAAAAACAAGAAGAAUGGACAUGGGUCUUGGAAUACUUGAGCGGAGCCACCUACGAUGGCGAGUGGAUCGACGAUAAAGCUUCCAACAGGGGAGAAAUGGUCUACGCCAACAAGGACAAGUACGAGGGUAACUUCCUCAAUGGCAAAAAACACGGAAAGGGCGUCUACCACUACCACACUGGGGGAAAGUACAAGGGCGAAUGGCUCAACGAUAAGAAGCACGGUUAUGGAGUCAUUGAGUACGGGAAUGGAGACCGCUACGAGGGAACCUGGAAGAACGGCGAAAGAGCAGAGCAUGGCAUUUACGAAUAUUCGAAUGGCGAUGUGUAUGACGGAGAGUGGAGAAACGAUCUGAAGGAGGGCCAUGGCAAGCUGGACAUGGCUACUGGCGACAAGUACGAGGGCGAUUGGUAA